AUGGGUAGGCAGCUGAGGACGCCGAACGAGCUCUUGCGCACGGCGGGCGUGACGCAGGUCGGCGAGUUUGCAGCUUACCAUCGCGCACUGGUGCAGCAGAUGGCACGGUGUGCAGCGGCAGCGAAGGCGGCACUGGCGAAGGACCAGCUGCAGCGAGCAAAGUAUUACAAUAGAUGGCAGAGGACGACAACGGAGUUCGGCGUCGGAGAUUUGGUGUGGGUGCUCGGACCACCACGUGGUAAGGGCAUUACCAAGCUUGCACACCAGUGGGUCGGCCCAGCACGUAUCGUAGAGGACGCAGGCUUUGACAAUUGGCGCGUGGUGCGCGAGGACACGGGUGAGCACCUCGUGGUGCAUUGUAGUUUUUUGGUGACGAGUCGGUGUCCAAGCGACUCGCUCGGACACGUGGCGGAUCGGAUCCUGAGGGAGCUGGCCGAGGCCGAGGAUAGCGCAGCGACG